CCAGGAGGCGGGGGAGAGCCGCCGGGGCCAGGGCCGCCAGGCGGGCAGGCCGGGCCGGCUGGCAGCGGGACGAGGCGAGGUGCGGCGGGCGAGGCCCGGCAGCGGGCGGCCCCGCUCCGCCCCGCGCCGCUCCCCGCCCGGCGGCCCCGCAGCAGCCGCUGUCGCCUGGGUCCGGCCCGCCUCCCCCCAGCACCCCGCGAGGAACAGCUCCUUUGCAGUUUGCAGCACCGCAUUAAAAAGGCAGAGAGAGGGAGAGAGAGACAGAAAGGAAGAGAGGAGGGAAGGAAGCAGCCCGGAUCACUGGGUUAUGGAAAACAGUAAAGAAGCUUCCAGGACAAACUGAAUCUUUUGCAAAAAACAGGUCUUUCAGGGUUAGCCUUUUUUUUUUUUUUUCCUUUUUUUUUCUUUUUUCUUUCUUUUAGUCGAGUGCACAGGAGAAGUGCCCUCACCUCAGCAUACACCCAACCUGUCGGCCUGAGGGGCACCUGAACCAGACAAAGCAGAAUGUACCAGGGACACAUGCAGGGGAAAGGCUCUAGGGCGGCAGAUAAGGCUGUUGCCAUGGUGAUGAAGGAGAUUCCGAGGGAGGAGUCUGCAGAAGAAAAGCCCCUCCUUACUAUGACAUCACAGCUGGUGAAUGAGCAACAAGAAAGCAGACCCCUUCUGAGCCCCUCCAUUGAUGACUUUCUCUGUGAAACCAAACCAGAAGCUGUUGCGAGGCCUGUAACAUCAAAUACUGCAGUAUUAUCACCAGGUCUGGAUCUCUUGGAUCUUAGUGAACCUGUCUUACAAACCCAAAACAAAGCAAAGAAAUCAGAGAAUCCAUCAAGAAGUGAAGGCUUAAAAGCUUCAACCCACAGAAAGAAGACAGACAAUUCUGACCUUAUCAGUGUGGAUACUGAGCAGAAAGUCCAGACUGUCAGAGUUUCAGACAAGUCUUCACUAGAUUUAGUUGAUAUUCAGACACAGAUAGAGAAAUGGGAUGAUUGCAAUUUUCACGGAGACAGGAGUAGCAAAGUCCACCCUUCUACAGAGAGAGCAUCAUCAUCAUCUAGAGCUCCAUCAAAAGAGCUUUUAUGGUCCACAGAAAACAGAUCACAGUCUGAGCUGACUAACGUCAAGAGUGCCUUGGACUCUGAUUCAACGUCAGAAUUAGAACUUGCACCUGCAACACAGGCACGAUCAACUAAGGAGCAGCGUUGGGGAGGGCCUCUUCUCUCCAGAAAUCACUCCUUGGAGGAGGAAUUUGAAAGAGCAAAGGCAGCUGUUGAGUCAGACACAGAGUUUUGGGAUAAAAUGCAAGCAGAAUGGGAAGAAAUGGCUCGCAGAAACUGGAUUUCAGAGAACCAGGAAGCACCAGGGCAAGUCACCAUCUCAACCAUUGAGAAGGGUUAUUAUUUCCAUACUGAGAAUCCCUUCAAAGACUGGCCUGGUGCUUUUGAGGAAGGGCUGAAGAAAAUGAAAGAAGGGGACCUGCCAGUUACAAUCUUAUACCUGGAGGCUGCUAUUCUACAAGAACCCAAUGAUGCAGAGGCCUGGCAGUUCCUGGGCAUUACACAGGCAGAGAAUGAAAAUGAGCAAGCAGCCAUUGUUGCCCUCCAAAGGUGCUUGGAACUACAGCCAAACAACCUAAAAGCCCUGAUGGCCCUGGCUGUAAGUUAUACUAACACUGGCCAUCAACAAGAAGCCUAUCAAGCUCUAAGAAACUGGAUAAAGCAAAAUCCAAAAUACAAGUAUAUAGUGAAAAGCAAAAAGGGCUCCCCAGCACUUACCAGGAGAAUGUCUAAGACAUCAGAUGAAAGCUCAUUACUUGAAGAAGUAAAGGAUUUGUACCUGGAGGCUGCUCACCAGAAUGGUGAUAUGAUAGACCCUGACUUGCAGACGGGACUUGGAGUUCUUUUCCACCUGAAUGGAGAAUUUAACAGAGCAAUAGAUGCGUUUAGUGCUGCUUUAACUGUUCGGCCAGAGGACUAUACGUUAUGGAACCGUCUUGGAGCGACCUUGGCAAAUGGGGAUCGAAGCGAAGAAGCUGUCGAGGCCUACACACGUGCUUUAGAAAUACAACCUGGCUUCAUUAGGUCCAGAUACAAUUUAGGGAUAAGCUGCAUAAACCUAGGGGCAUACAGAGAGGCUGUCAGCAAUUUUCUCACUGCUCUCAGUUUGCAAAGAAAGAGCAGGAAUCAACAACAGGUUCCCCAUCCUGCUCUAUCAGGCAAUAUUUGGGCAGCACUUCGAAUUGCUCUGUCUAUGAUGGACCAGCCAGAACUAUUUCAAGCUGCCAAUGUGGGUGAUUUAGACAUUCUAUUAAGAGCUUUUAAUCUAGAGCCGUAAUAAAAAGUAUCCACAAAUUGAUUAAAUUGCAUUAGGAAACAGAGAACUCUUUUACUACUCGUCUCAAAAUGACCAUAUUUUCCAAAAGAUCAUGGCUGUAGUUCAGUAGGGGAAUCCUCUCGGACGUUAUUCGAAAAGGAAAAGUUCAAAAGCACAAAAUAUUGUAAAUAAAUUCAAAUUCAAAGGAUUGAAAUGAGCUGCAGCUAAUCGGACAAAGCCCUGAUGAAACAGCCAUUUCUGAAGAAUCUUCAUCCCUUGCAAGCUAUAUCUCUCUAUAUAUACACAGCUAUACAAAGAAAAAUAUAUUAAGAACAAACCUAGAUAAUCGUUAUUGCACAUUAGAAUGGCAAGCAAUGCAUCCAGGGAACCUGCUUAUUAGCUCAUCGCACUAUGCUGACAUCACUUUGCCCUGCAACGUGGAUUCUCUAUCAUUUGGUUUCUUUGUUAAAAAGUCUUUUUACAGUCUAUUUUUAACAUAUCUCUGAAAAUAGAUGCAUGUAAAAUGGAUGUAUUUUGCUUUGAAUAUAUUUAUUAGUUGGCAGUCAAGAAAAUUUUUGCUUCCAAAGGUACAUUGAUUAAUUUGGGCCCAAGUCUGCAGGCUCAUGGAGUUGUAAACCAUGUGCAAUGUUAAGAGAACAUUGUACAUGGAGGUCUAUGAGCUUAGGCCAUGUACAUAUGGGACGGCCAAGUGUUGCCAGCAGAAGUGGUAAUUUGCACUAGAAUCGUUGCUGUUUAAACCAGCUAUCCCUGAUCUUGGACAGAGUAUGACUGCUUCAAAGGAGCUCAUAGCAGGAUCUGCACCUAUCUAUGUACUUAUGCACUUUAAUCUUUCUUUUUGUAAAAUAGUGCUAUGCUUUUAUUUUAGUUACUAACAACAGAAUGUACAGGAUAGCCUUGUUGGCAUAAAGGACCAAAUAUCGUUUCCUGAAAUGUGAUGAGAGGGUUUUCAAUAUUCUUAUGUUUAAAAAAUGAAAAUACAGUAUAAACUGCAGUAUCUAUUAGAAAGAUUAUUCUAUUAUGCAUCCAUCAGCUACUACACAUAUACAUGCACGUGCAUGCACAUACAUGUCGUAUGUGAAUUAUGUCAUUUCAGAACGUAAGCCACAGAUCUUUAUUGCAAAUAAAGAAGAGUCUUCGUAGGAGUUAAUGCCUGCAGACCAUGCUGAAGGGAAAAUUUUCCCUGAAAAAAUUGAUCAAUAUAAUGCUUGUAGGACUGAGACUCAGAUUUGAUCCUACUGUUACAACAAGCAGUAGCAAGUCUCAGUGACCUCCAUGACAGCAGACUAAAUCCAGCUGCUUAAAAACGUAUAUAUGUACACACCAUCUUAUUUUUCCCUGACUAGAUGAGUGAGGAACAGUACUGGGGGCAGUACACCGCCACAUGAUGAAUGGAUUGAUUUGGCUACAGUCAAGCACAGCUAACCGUGGCAGUCAAAGACAGGAAUAGAAAUUUUUAAGGAGGUAAUUUUCAGUUGCUGAUAUUUAAAAUAUUUUUCCUAAAUAGUGAAAGAUAAAAAGUAUAAUUAGAUGGCUACCAUGUUGAUCUGUGGUCAGGAAUUCGAUGCGCAGGGUAGCUAUCGGAAUGUGUUAAAGUGGGACAAAUAGCACAUUUCCUAUAAACAACGUUAAAAAAAAAAUCCAGCUCAAUCAGCUGGAUAAAAAAAAAAUCCAACUGCACAGAUCACAGAGAGAGAAGCUGUGUGGGAAUUGGACGGUUUCACCAGUACAAACCUAAAGUUUCUUGCAGCUGUCUGUUAUUUUGAGCAACCAUUUAAAGGAAAAUUCCAUGUAAGACAGUGUAAUCACUGCAUCUAAUCACCAACUAUAGUUUGUUAAAUAAAAAUAAUCUGUUCAACCAAUAAUCAGAAUCAACCUGGAAGUGUUCAAGGCCAGGUUGGAUGGGGCUUUGGGCAACCUGGUCUAGUGGAGGGUGUCCCUGCCCAUGGCAGGGGGUUGGAACUAGAUGAUCUUUAAGGUCCCUUCCAACCCAAACCAUUCUGUGAUUCUAUGAAUUCUCAUUACAAAAUAAAAGACUUACCCCUCACUCUCUCCCACAGAAUAGAGAUGUUGAAACAGCUACAGGAUUUUUUUUUAUUAAUUCAUUGUUUAUAUAUAUAAUCCUAUUUAUCUACAAGCAUUUCAUAACUGAUUCCUGCAACUUUCUCUAAGGAUUGGUUACCAUUGGAAUGUCAUUUUAGCUAAGUGGGCUGCUGUAUGCAUAUCUGCUGACAACAGUUUGCUCUUUUGCUUUGACAGCGAUGUGUGAUGACAGCUCUUUAUUGAUAAGGCAGAGCAGAAGGUGCAGUGCAAUUGAAUCUGGAAAGUGAUAAGAGAGAAGGGAGGCAGCUUUGAGAAGAUGCUGUAAAGCAAAGGCAUAUGUGCUUAGAUUUUGCUUGAUGCCCUACCAUCACACAAGUUCUUCUAGAAUAUCCUCUGUGCCGUCAUGUAUGAUAAUCAGUGCUUAUCCAGAGGAAUUGGCUGUUCAGGACCUUUAUUUUUAUACCUAUCAAAUAAAAAAAACCCCAACCAAACACAACUUAACUAUUUGACUUCUCAGAGUCAGAAUGACAAGGGGCAUUUGAUAUGGACAGCAGUCAGUUCACUAAACCUCUUCUACUCGAGCAUGUGGACAAGUAACAGCAAUUCUGUUAGGAAAACCUAAUACAACCCCUAGCCUCCCCAAAAAGAGCAAAGUAGGUAGCUUUUGAUUUAUCCUGGGAUGCACUGCUCAAAACUCUAUUCAUCUGCUGACAGACACCCACACCCAUGUGAUCACCCAUGUCAUUGGUCUGAGGAAAGUUGUCUGUGUAAAGCUAGAGACAAAUCGCUGGGGCUGAACUCUGCUUCCCAAUGGGACACUCAGGCCCCUAGUUCAUCACAAGCACUGCAGUUCUGCUGUACAGGACACAGGCUACAAAACCUGUCCACAGAGAUUAUGCACGCUCUCGGAGAUUAUCCUAACUGUUCUGUCCUGGUUUAGACAGCCUAUGGCUAUGGCCAGUUAACCACGCACCGCUGACCGAGACACUGCGUGAGGGAAAGACUAAAGCAGACACACUUAGAGGGGAGGGUGGCACAUCUCCUCAUACCAGACACCAGCUGUGGCCUGGUCUGUGUGAGAGAGAAGCCGGUGACUGAGCUCACCUCACUUGUAACAGGUCAGGCUCAGCAGCUCUUAGUACUUCUGGGGACUUCUUCAAUAUCCUGGGCUUUAUCAUCCUCCUUUAGCCCCCACUGCCAAGCACUGACACUGCAGAAGACAGGAUUAGAUAGAGCUUUGAUCUGAUCUCAUUGUGUUUCUUAAAUGUUCAGUGGCAAGCAUGUAUAUUUGCCUGAAACAGCAAGAAGAAACAUGUGAGGAGGCUACAGCAUAUUAACACCCUGAAGAGGAAAGUCAUCUACUCGUACUUCUAACAAAGCAUGAGGUAGGAUAAAUAAGGUGGCUGCUGAACAGUAGCAGAUUGAGCCCAAGAGUGAGAGACAGGAAAUCUGGGUCCUGUUCUCAGUGCUCCCUGUGAGCUCGACCAAGUCAAAACCUCCUGCCAUCCCUGACUGGCCCAGGUGUGCGAGGAAGGAAGAUGGGCAAAGAACAGCCAUUGCACAUGAUGGCACUAUAUGAGAGCAGGGGAGCGCUGCUGUCUCAGAGACCACAUGGGUGAGGUCAGCACUUGUGUAAAUUGAAAGGUAACACACAAACACAAGGUUGUUCAGGUCUAAGCAGGGAAGCAGUUUUACAUAGACACUAGCAAUAUCAGCACAGAGGGGACUCGGAGACAUUUCAUGAUUACAGCUGCACGGCAUCUAUGGGGUGAUGCCAAAUUAGAGUGCUGCAAUGGUUUGUCAUCAUCUCCCACCCCUGUUUCCCCUUCUUGUUACUCCCCUCUUUCUCCAGAGAUGAUUUAUCACUGCCAGGUAAUUGAUUCCAAGUUUUUGAGUCUCUCUUCUAUUUUAUAUCUCAUGCAAUUAAAAAGUGCUUUUUUAAGCCUGGCUUGUGACUGUCCCUCUCCUCUGCAAAGCUUUAUGAAAAUGUAUGACCUAUAAGUCUGAUCCAUCAAGCUGCUGAAUGCUGAAAGUCUGUAGUCUUCACAGGAGUGCUCAGCACUUUGCACGAUCAGCUCGUGUGCAUUUAUUCAGUUAUUGGACAAGGGCUAGCCUCUGAUACCACUGCACAUGCUGAACAGGCACUGAAAUCAAAGUGAUUAUUUGUAGAGUUAGGCUUUCUGAUGAAAGCAGCAAGAAAUGAGUCUAUUGAUCUCUCUAAACUGUAAUGACUCUAGAAACCUUGUUGCAAUAGACUGGUUUAUGUCAAUUUGAAGAAUUGAUUUGCUCUUUAGGUAAACACAUAUACAUAUCUGUAUCUAAUGGUAUUUUCUUAUGAUCUGAUAAAUGACAGCACUUGUAAAAAUACUGAAGGGGAGGUUCAAAUGAUACAAAACCUCACAUUGCAAUAUUGCAUGCAACUACAUUAAAAAUAACCACAAUGAAAUAUUAACACAAAGCAUGCAGUAACACUACCUGAGUUUAUGCUUACAGAAUGCAUGCAGAAGGCCCACACAUAGGGUAUUUUUAAACUAUUGAUUGGUAUCUUAUGUGGGAUAUUUUAAAAGUACUUUGCAUCUGCCAAACUCAAAACUGAGUUGUUAUUUGGAACAUGUUUGACCAAACGCAGAGCCCUUUUUAAAUUCUAUCCUUAGAAAUCACUUUGUGUUGUGGAUUUCAUAUUUGCUUCAAGUGUUUAAUUAAUGAUGGACAUCUGUAGUAACAGCUUUUGCAGACAUGUUUCAGUAUCCUCUUAAAAAGCUAAAUGUGCGCAGCUUUCACAGUGAUGCUAGGUGUUUGGAUUUUCACAUUUUCUUCUCUAGUCUAAACCAGAUAGCACCAGAGAAAAAGAUUCCCAAAACCAGUGAAAUAACUAUUGUCUCAGUCUACACUUUUUUACCAUUGGCCAAGCUUUUCAAACUUGCCCACUAGCUCUGAAGGCAGCUCAGUGUCUGACUGUCCUAUUUGAAAUAUGGAGAUGUAAAACUUCACAGGAUCCGAGUAUCUGCUGCAUCCACUGAUUUCAGCUGCAGACACUUAACUCAGCUGAAAGCACAUAACAUCAAGUUAAGCAUGAAGAGCUAAUGAGCCAAUUUAGAAAACUUGGGCCUGUCUCAGAUGAAAAGGAGGACCCUGCCAACACCAGCAGAUCAGCCAGGUGAUCCUGUGAACAUCCAUAGGGCACACGUCUCCAUAACACAAAAGCCACCAUGACAGAAAUAGUAACCAAUGUCAUUACUGGCAGCCACAGAGGCAAAGCCUGAGGCCUAAAUCAUUGCCAGUGAGAACUGGAAUGAAACAUAAAUUGGUUGUAGAUCUCUUUUGCCUAAACGUGCAUCUGCAAAAUGAGACAUCUUAGUUGCCUUGCAUGAAUAACCUGCACAAUUGAAAAACUGAGAUUUCUGGUCACCAGUGUUGUCAGCUUAGCAGUCUGUACAGUGAAUUUAUGUAAUAAAUGUUUAUAAAAUACCAAGUAUUCACAGAUACAAGUGAUGAUAGACAAAAUGCAGUGCACGU